GAACCCACCAGGCCUUGACACUGACAACGAUAUGACUUACUUUCAACGACAACCGAGCUACGAUUAUGACCCGGGACUCCGGCGCAUGUCCUCCUCCUCUCUACGUCGCUCUCAACGCACGCUGGAACGUGCUGGCGGUGCAAAUUCCGGCGGCAACAACAAUAAUCUCAACCAGUCGUCCGAAGUUGGAACGGCGGAUGGAUCCAGCAAGCCGGGACGAGUCAUUAUGAAGCGACCGCGCCUCUCCAGUCGCUCGGAGAACCUCUCCUCCGGCAGCCUGAACAGCGUGGGCGUAUAAUCUCGUGAUCUUUUUUAGUCUGUACAUCCCUGUAGCCGAUGUAUCUAGCUAUUCCUCUACCUCUGUUUUAUCUCUGACUUCAAAUGACAAAAACCUUUACAGUUUGUACUUAUACGAAUACGACAUAGUCUUAAGGUACUUAAUUAGAAUUUUAUUAGAUUUAUGCAUGCAUAAAAGAUCGCUUAAGAACAUAGCAUAUUGAAUGUCCACCACCCACCUCUUCGUAAGUCUUCCAAAUUUUGAUAUACGAUCAAAUUCUGUACUGAUAGCUUCUUAAUGAUAAUAAACGACAAAUUCUUUUACAUAA